UCUACCUUCAUUCAACUUUCUUGUAACGCGUUAAAGAUCAUCGUUCCAUUUCCACUUAACAUUUUGGGUCUAACUCUAAACUCAUCAGUGUUUGUAUAAGAGUGUUACUAAAAUAAAUACUGUAACCUGUAGGUAAUGUUAUCAUAAAGUUAGAAACUAACUUAUCAUAAUGCAUUUGAUGAAUUCAUAAGGACAUUACCCUUUCAAAAAUUAUAGCUAUUGACAAUGACGUUUUGCUGAUGAUCAGUUUUACACCAAACAAGUUUACAUUUUGUUAUAUCAAAUGUAGAUUAAUUCGUGUUUUAUGUCGCACAUAAAGGUUGCAGAUAUUCGCCAACUUUUUUCCCUUAGCCUACAAAGAGAUUAUGGAAAGUGAACAAACUGGUGAAGUUUUGCUCCCACCGUCUGCUUUUCUUAUCUCAAAUCCCAAUCAUUUCAAUUGCCCUCAGAAUAUGAACAAUGAUGCUGAACUCACUAAUUCGACAAUAAGCAAUAAGAGCACUAGAAAAUUGUCAAUAAGCUCGAUUAUUUCUAAGCUAAAUAAGAAUUCAGCUGAUUUAAACGAUGAUGGUCAUUUUGAUCGAAUUAAUUCAGAAGACCUACAAUUCAAUUACACCAACAAAUUCGUUAGUGAACUGAAACAAGAAAAUGAAUAUCUUUUACGAAGUCAGACGAAAGCUUUAGACGAAUUGAACAAAAUACGAGAAUACAUUGGAUUGGGUAGAGUUUCAUCUAGAAAUACAUUUAAGGAAGAUUCUUUUGAACAACAUAAAUGUAUUUGCGAUACAGAAUUACUAGAAAAGCUGAAUUAUUUGGAGAAUAAAAAUUCUGAGUUAAAUCUACAACUUGAACAAAUGAAUAGUCGAAUGAGUAGUUUGGAGACAGUUUUAGAAAUUCAAGAAAAACAGUUGUCCAGAGAAAGUGGUAAUGAAGUGUUACCUAUUAAUCAUAAGUCUGGAAAAGUGGAAAAUUUACUUUGCACAUGGCGUAAACAUGUUUUACGCUUACUUAUUGAAAUAGAAAAUCUUAAGUCUGAAAAUUCUCAUACUGUAACAAAAUCAAAGUGUGCCUAUGAAAAGCUACUUUCAGAAUUUGAAUCUUUAAAAGCAACUUUAGAAGCAACUGAAUUUAAACUGAAAGCUAGCGAUUCUGCACUGAACGUAGAACGUAAUAAAAGACAGGGAUUCGAAAAAGAUUUGGAAAGUUUACACUCAAAAUUAGCAAUGACUCAAUCAAAUUUAACAGAAUCUCGUGAGAAUUACAAGAAAUUCGCUUUAAAUACAAAACAAAAUCUUGAUCAAAUUGUAAAAGCUAUACAAACGUUUAUGAAUUGGCCAGAAUCCGGUUCACUGAGUCAACAAACUCCAAUAACAAUAUGUUCAGUUUUUCGUCGUUUAAGACAUUUAGAAAGGCGUUUAGAAUUUGCUAACUCUCGUCUUCCUGUUCUACGCACUCGUUUAUUAUUAUCAUCAUCAUUAUCACACCGGAAAGCAGAUGUAGACCAGUCAACGCAAGUCAACUACGAAUUAAAACAUUGGAUUGGUGAUAUUUUAUCAGAAUCAGAGAAAGAAGAGAUUAUUUCUCAGGCUCAAACCGAGGCCCUUAGGGCUAUAAAAGAGCGUGAUCGAGCAUUAGAACAGUUGUCCGAUUAUGUUAAAUCAUUUGAUAAUCGUGUUCAAGAUGCUGAGAAAGCAGUUGAAAAAGAAUUAUCAGAACUUCGGGAAGCAAACAGAAUUUUGAAUUUAUCUUUACAUGAUGAACAAAAGAAAUUAAAAGAAUGUUCAGAUCAAUUAAAUAGUGAAAAAUUAAUUAAUAAUGAUCUCAAACAAAAGUAUACAGAUGAAAUUGAACAUUUAAAAACUCAACUCUCCGAAACGGAUAUGAAGCUUACCAAAGCUUUAACGGAACUACGUCGGGCUGAACGCCGUGUAGAUCGAGAAAUUAAUGAAAGAAAGUUACAGGUGAUUUUAAAAUGUUGUUUUCGUUUCUUAUAAAGUUAAAGAGAUUUGUACGGAUUACAAACAAUUUAUUAUCAUAUUUUAUAAAAUGUAGAAAACAGACAAGUUUACUAAUUAAGGUAUCCUUCGAAGUAGUAAAUUUACUUAACUUCAAACUAUAAAAUCUGAACGUUCUCAAUUGUUAACCUUUAAAGACAGAUGAUGUGUCUGUACACGAUUAGACUCAACGUAGUUUCAUUACAAUACUCAUAAGAAAUCCAUUUCAGAUUAAGACUUAUUCCCGUUAUUAAGAAUGUUAAUUUUCAGUGACACUACCUAUUUUAUUGUAAAUAAUAUUCUUUUAUCUUUCUUAAUAUGAUUCUAGGUUAUUACGAGCCUUAUCUGAAUAUAAUAGUUGCUUAUAUUAAACAUUUUUUUUGACACUGUGCUUCUGUUAUUACUUGAUAUAAUAGAAUUACAGUUUACGUUUGUGUGGUCAUAUAAUUAAGGACAUUGCCUGCAAAUGACUCAUAUCUGACAUCAAUACAAGCUAAGAUAGAAUUUUUCAGUUUAUCGAAGUAGUUAUUUUGUGUACUUUAUAUACUUAUAUCCAAACACCACCUAUUUUAAUUCACUAUUUUUUCUGACAUAAAAUUAGUUUCGGAGGGGAAGAGGCUUUUCACAACAAAAUAUGACAUCAAUUAAUGAUGUUAUCGUUGGUCGGAUCCAAGUGCUCUAACUUUUCAGAUGGGUCAGUAAAACGUUUCAAGUCUAAGUUGUCAGGUGAUAUAACUCAGGAGCUGCUAGUGGCACAGAUGUAUCACUACUUUCCUCCGACUCUCAGGUGCUACUAGACCAUUUCCUGUUUUUUUUCAUUGCUUUCGUUCUUCUAUUUUUUUACUUUACACAGGUGUUAUGUUGAAGCCGAAAAACUUUCGUUCCAGGUUCUAGUUACUUUCUUCCUGUGUAUUUAGUCCCAUGUAGUAACAUUUGUCUUAUGUUGUAACUGUACAUUGGACAUAGAUCUAGUACUUCCAAGACACAAUUGUCAUAGGGAUAUAACUUGUGUAUAAAAUUAGAUGGAUGUCUUAGACUAGUGAGAUACAUCAAAAGGCAAAUCGAUUGUAGACAAUUCUCCCACUUUUUAUCACAGUUUUUUCUUCAUUGGUUCAACACAUAGAUCAAUAGUAUUGAGAAUACCUACAAAUCCAAAAUUCAAACUCUGGAGAAUGCACUUCAUUCGUUUUAUCCAGAACAUUAUCACUGCUAUGGUAACAAUACAGCGAAGUCACCAAAUGUUAUUCAAAAAAUGACGAGUCCAAUAGUACCUACAUUUGCAAGCCAUAUUGAUCUCAACGAAUCAAUUCGUAAACUUGACCACCUUGCUGAUCGACUAAAUAGCGAUUUGUCAAGCGAUUCAGAUGCUGAAAAAGAUGUUGAACAGUGACUUGUAGAAAUAUGAAGGCUGUACAUAUUUUCAUAUUUUAGUUUGUCUUCACCGUGAUACACUACAUUAAAGGUAUGUAAUUCCUAUUUAUGAAGUUUUUCAUAGUGUACCAAUCAGAAAUCGCCAAAUGAUAAGUGCAUGUGGUUGACCAACAAAUGGCUUUAUUUUUCAAGGAAUAAAAUAUAAACCACUGAUAGGUUUGAUUUCCUAAAGAACGAAUCAAUAAAUGAGUUCACAUACAGUCCAUUCAGUCUAGUUAAAUAAACUUUCUUCCUCGC